AUGAAUAAAGCAGUUUUAAGUGCCAUUUUUCUUAUUCUUUUAACUAUACAGGCCACAUCCAUAUCUAUCAUCACAAGAUACUCUCGUGGUGUGUUAAAAGAGAAAUACUCCAUUCCCGCGUCUAUACUGUUGAACGAAAUAUUAAAGAUGGUCAUGUCUUUUGUUGGAAUAGCAGUGACACACCGAGACACACCACUCUUUUCACACUUGAAAUUGAUCAUUUCGUGUUCGUUAGUGUCGUCCGUUCCUGCUCUCAUUUACUUCUUCCAAAAUAUGUUAAUUCAAGUGUCCCUCUCUAAUAUUCACCCGGGUCUUUAUUCGAUAUUGGCACAGGCUAAAAUCCUGUCAGCUGCGUUGUUGUCAGUCAUUAUAUUAGGUAAGAAGUUAACAACAACACAAUGGAGAGCACUCUUGGCUUUGGUAGUCUGUGUUAUUUCAGUAGAAAGUGCCAACAGAGCCGCAUCUGCCAACAGUCCCUCUGAAAAUACAGGAAAUUACUUUUUAGGUGUUUUAACUGCUUUAUUAGCUUCUACAGCAUCUGGUUUUAGUGGGGUGUAUAUGGAGAAAAUUCUGAAGAACAAAGUAUCGUCAGGGCCAAAGUUGAAUUUGUGGGAACGGAACUUCCAGUUAUCAUUGUAUUCGAUUUUAUUUGCAGCUAUCAAUGUCUUUGUCGUCGAUUUUAAAUCAACUUUCACACUUGGACCAUUCCACGACUUCAGUUGGACAGCAUUUGUGAUGGUUUUAGACACUUCCAUUGGAGGUAUAUUAGUUGCACUUGUCAUGACUUAUGCUGAUGUCAUUGUUAAGGGAUUCGCUGUAUCUAUUGCUAUUGUCUGUACAACAAUUUGUUCAUAUUUCAUCUUUGAUAGUCCAAUAACAUUCGAGUUCUGUCUUGGAGCGGCUGGCGUGUUAAUUGCAAUUGCUAACUACAACGACGAGACUGCGUCUUACACAUUCCAGAAUGAAACUAAAGAGGCGAGAAAGCAGAAUGAAGAUAUCAGAAAGGCGGAGGAGAGUGCUUCAACGACUCACACUCUCGAGUUGAGUACACAACAAAAAUCAAAGGUCGAUAUUGAGAGAAGAGGGUCUCCAGUUAUUGAAGGACCAGUUUCGAUCACAAUAAACCCAGACGAUUAA